GGAGUUUCUUCUGACUCGUCUUCAUCGAUUCAUACCGCGAUUAUCAUCUGCACGACCAUCUACCAUGUCUUUUGUGGACUCUGUAUCAAAGCUCAGUGGCUCUGUAAAGGACCUGGUCCUCUCUGCCUCGGACAACAGCAUCUCUCUCCUAGGACAAACAGAUGCUGAUAAGAUUGAAGUCGCCGGAUGGAUUGAAAAAGUCGGACAAGGUGAUUUGGUGAAGGAAGACAAUUUCAAGACUCUCGAUACCCAACUGGUCCCUCGCACAUACAUUGUGAACAAUUACUUGACCGCUGCCGACGUUGCACUAUACGGGGCCCUACACCCUACCUUUUCAAAAUUGCAACCAACGCAAUACUAUUCACAUCCAGCUUUGACCCGCUACUUCGACCAUAUCCAGUCGAGUUCUCCCGUCCGAAAAGCUGCAGAUCCACUCUCUACCUUCCCCCUCGUUACAUUUGACUUUGCUCAUGCUCCUAAAAUUGACCGGACUGCUGAACCACCCAAAAAAAAACAGAAAACACCCAGUCCACCAACCAAGGAAUCUGCACCACCAGCGGAAAAGCCGUCUAAAGGGCCUUCACCUGCAGCUGAAGGCAAACCUCAGCAGAAAAAAGAGAAGAAGGAGAAGAAGAAAGAUGCUGCUACCCAGGAUUCUGGAAAGAAAAAGGGUGCUGAAAAUGCCUCUGCCGCAGAUGAAGGAGAGCCCGUUCCCUCUAUGAUUGAUCUUCGCGUUGGACACAUUAUUGACGUUAAGAAACAUCCCGACGCCGAUGGUUUGUAUAUCGAACAAAUUGACAUCGGGGAAGAAACGGGUCCUCGGACUGUCGUUUCCGGUCUUGUGCAUUAUAUUCCUAUCGAAGAGAUGCGAGACAAAUACCUCAUCGCUGUUUGUAACCUGAAGCCGGCCAACAUGCGUGGGGUCAAGAGUUUUGCGAUGGUUCUUGCCGCAACCCACAAAGACGGUAAAGACGGCGGCAUUGAGUUGAUUCAACCUCCUGCCAACUCGAAGCCUGGUGAUCGAGUGUAUUUCGAAGGCGAAGAGUUUGAGAACGCGACGGCUCUUUCUCAAUUGAAUCCAAAGAAGAAGAUUUUUGAGACCAUUCAGCCUGGUUUAAUCACGUUGGAGACCAGAGAGGCGGCGUGGGUGAACCCUGACACGAAGAAAGUACACCGAAUUAGAACUAAAGAAGGAGUGUGUAUCGCCCCAACCUUUGUGGGCGCAUCAUUGUCGUAGUAUCGAUACCCUCGGCGUCGUAGGAUAAGUUAGUAAUGUCAAUCAUCUAAUUGCACGAUUUUUUUUGCGCCGCACUUGAGUAGUGCGGUCAGAGGGG